CUGGCCCGCAAGCGUUCCCGGAAGUAUCGCGAUGUUGCGUCUCUAGGUUUAGAAACCGUGCCAGUACACUGCUUACUAUCUAUGGUGGAAAACGCCGUAUUUUCGAAAUGGCAUACCUCGAGUUCAAGUUUGAGGACGAAAUUACAAAAUACAUUCGGGAACAAGAAUUGGAAACGUCACUGAAAUUCAUAACAUUGAGAAAGGACAAAAGUUUUGGGCAAAAGGAUGCACAGCCUUUGGCACGGAAAAAACUCAGCUGGGAGAGUAAAAGUAUCCCGUUCAAUGGUGUUCCGUUUCAAGUUGUUGGCACAAAGACGUAUGAAUGCCACCAGGGCAAAGACAGACAGACAAAAGCCAAAGAGAAAUAUGCUGCUGAAAGAGACAAGAAGGAACUUGAAGACCAUACCUUUCUACAGAAACGGAAACUGGUACAAAAUACCAAAAAAGUGGACUGCAAGGCUAUAAUAAACAUCGCCCACAUUAUUCGCUUUCCUGAUUUUAAGAUUGAGGAAAGUACAGUGUGCUCUAAAAAGGAGGCCUCCCAAACUCUGAAGGCAGCACUAAGUGAAACACCCAGCUCCGUGAAGGCAGAGGUUGUCUACUGCGUCAGGUUCCCCUCCCUCUCUGAGCACAGCUCACAUGCAGUUGUUGGCGAGGCAGCUCAUGUUAGGGAAGCUGUAGAUGCCAGGCUGAGAGAGAAGAUUGAGCAGCUGACUCUGUCUGGUGUGAGAAAGAUGACUGAAAUGAAGUGUCAUCUGAACACCUUUGUAGUGGAAGAGCUUUUCCAUGGAGAGCAGCCCCUCCACCUACUCGCAGGCGCUAUUACCCCACUGACAGUGACAUAAGAAAUGUCAUGUUUAAGACCAAGCGGGCCACCGGAGACUCCAACAUUGACCGUCCAUACGAAGGUCCAUCUGGAAGAGGAAAGAAGAGGUCCUCUAGGAAGCUGUUGCGGUUACGGAGGCAAUGUGCAGGAUAUCUUAAAGAGAUCACAGAACUCACUUAUCAUCUCCAAGAGGAACAGUACGUGACUGACCUGUCUUCACAGCUCAGAAGUGUGCUGCUGGAUAUGAAGGCCCAUGUUCCACAGGAUAAAGACCUUCCACUGACCUUUUCUCCAAGGAAGAGAAAAGCUGAGAUGGACAUGGACCUCAUUCCAACCAAGAGUGCAUCACACCCUUUCAUAGAUGGGUUAGAACAGCAUACAGAGGACAUAGUGAGUGUGGAUACCUUGUUGGCAUUGAGCCUAGGGCUGAGGACCGAGUGUGUGGGUCCUUCCACAAAUUGAGUAUAUUUUGGGUAGUGUAACUUUUAUUUCAACUAAUAUUAGCAUUCUGUCAACACAACUUGAUAAGGGGGGGGGGUCAAGAGGGGAGAGCAUUCUUAGUUUUGAAUGUUGUUCUGGAGGCAGCGCUGCGGAGUGCUCACUAGCUGGCACAGUCAUAAAAUCUGAUUUUAAACCUAAUUGUUAACCACACUGCUAACCCUCAUUUCUAACCUUAAAUUAGCUUUUUGAUCUUAACUUGUGUUUGUAUGAUUUCUGACAACAUACAGUGUGUUCGUUAAGUUCAGACACCUUUCCCUUUUUCCACAUUUUGUUACAUUACAACCUAAUUCUAAAAUGGAUUCAUUUGUUAUUUUCCUCAUUAAUCUACACACAAUACCCCAUGACGACAUCACAAUACCCCAUGACGACAUCACAAUACCCCAUGACGACAUCACAAUACCCCAUGACGACAUCACAAUACCCCAUGACGACAUCAAAAUACCCCAUGAUGACAUCACAAUACCCCAUGAUGACUAAGCAAAAGCAGGUCUAGAAAUGUUAGCAAUUAUUUUAAUUUUGUUAAUAAAAAUAAAAUAUUACAUUUA